CUUGGAUACCACUCCAAUGCCUGACUCGUUGCCCUUGUUAAAGAGAGUUUACAUUUCUUUUGAGGCAUGUAAGAAGGGUUUUGUCUUAGGGUGUAGACCUUUCAUUGGUCUUGAUGGCACAUUCUUGAAGGGCUUCUAUGGAGGACAGUUACUCACUGCAAUAGGUCAAGAUGUAAACAACCAGAUUUUCUCAAUUGCUUACGUCGUGGUGGAUUCAGAAACCAGAGAUAAUUGGAAAUGGUUCUUGGAGCAUUUACACAAUGACUUGGGCAACUACAAGGUUCAUGGUUGGAACUUCAUUAGUGACCAACAAAAGGGUCUGAUUCCAGCUAUGCAACAAGUUAUGCCUGGAGUUCAUCAUCACUUCUGUGCUAUGCAUAUUUGGAAUAAUUUCACAAAGAGAUGGAAGGACAAAAAACUCAAAGGGGCAGUGUGGGAGUGUUGUCGAGCCACCACAACUCAAGAAUUUAAAGUUGCAAUGUUGAGGCUGCAAUGGAUCAAUACUGGUGCAUGGGAGUAUCUGAACAAGCUUGAUCCGAAGCAGUGGACAAAGGCUCACUUUAGUGAGUGGCCGAAGGUUGACAACGUUACUAACAACAACUGCGAGACAUUCAAUGGUAAGAUUGUGAAAUACAGAGGUAAACUCAUCAUCACUAUAUGCUCAACAAAUUUGAUUUUUUUAGUCAACUCAUCAUCAUCCUCAAGAUUUCUAUCUAGGCCUCCAUUUGCAUCUCGUCUCCUUUUUGCAGAAUCAGCACUGCCUUACUCUGGAAGAAGCCUCACCCUUAGCUAGAUGCUUCCCAGCACCAUGAAGGCUCAAAGUAUCAUGACGAUGUUUCUUGACCUGAUUUUAACAUUAAAAGUACAUAAAUAGAGGACAUAUUUAAUGGUUAAAUAGGGCAAGAAAAUAUUUGUAACAGUGAAGAGAGGAGAAAUAAAACAAGUUAUCUCAGUGGCAUGCCAACUGGCUUAAGGAUCCAUGAUAGACUUCUAAUAUAUGUGAUGAUGAGACCUUCUGCCCAGUUAGCUUAACCAGUUCAACCUAAAAAGAGGCAAUCAAACGAACUGAGAAAUAGUGAACUAAGGUCUCUAUCUCAAAUAUUGGAAGUUUGAAACUAACAUAAUUCCUUAAAUUGGAAGGAUGAAAACAGUAAAUUUUAUAUAAAGAAGAUGCUUUCAAACCAAUUGCUUUGCAAUCUCAAUGACAUCUUUCUCAAUAAAACUUGUGUUCUUCAAACAAUUAUCACAUGUUUUCUGACAUGUUGAAGAAUCAAACUUCUCCCCAAAAUGAGCAAG